CCUGUUCAUAUCAACAACGAUAAGAUCAGUGUAGUUGCUUAAGUUGGUAGAAAUAUCAAUGGCCCUUUUUACUACUCUUUUCCGGCUAUUGUUCCUUCUUCUUCUUCCCUUGUUCUUCCUAGUCACUCAUUCUCAUGGUUUAGAAUUAAAUUCAACAAAUCAAAAACCCAAAGCUGUCUACUUUACAAUUACCAAAAAGGGCCCUUUUCCUCACCAUUAUUACAUGACCUACCUCCGGCUAGGAACUCCCAGCCUUCAGUCCGUCAACCUAGCCGUUGACCUCGGCGGCGAUUCCGUAUGGGUUGACUGCGACAAUAGCAACUACAAAAACAGCUCAUCUUUCAAGGCCGUCAACUGCCGCGCCGCCCAAUGCGACCUCCUCCGGUCCACCGCCUGCGGCAACAGUUGUAAUAUUACAACAACAAACCGGACUUCUCCUCCUUGGUACUGCAGCACCCGCGCGUGCUACACAAAGCCCGUCAAUCCAUUCUCCUCCUCCGCCGCCGCCGGUAGUGGUGUGACUGGUGUGGCUGUUAGGGAUGUUAUCUCCAUCAGGAACACGGCAGACGAGGAUCUUUCGCCGCCGUGGCAGUUUGUAUUCACGUGCGCUCCGUCGUCUUUUUCGGCCGGGAGUUUGCCCGGAGACAUUAAAGGCGUAGUUGGGCUAGGAGACAGCCUUGCUUCACUUCCUACCCAAUUCACUCAUACAUUCUUCACCAGGAGGAGGAAAUUCUUCGUCUGUUUGCCGGAGAGAUCCCGGGGAGUCGUGAUCGUCGGGGAUCACGAUCUUAACCCGGAAUUCUACAGAACCUUCAUCCACACGCCACUCUUGAGAAGAAACACGGCAUUUCCAUAUAAGGGUAAUGAAUCCAUGGAGUACUACGUUUGUUUAGUAGCCAUUAAAGUCAACGGCAGAGACGUCCCGGUCAACCGCACGUUGACUUGCACCUUUGAUGAUAAGGGCAAUGGCGGGACAAAAAUCAGUACGGUUGAUCCGUACAGCGUUUUGGAGAGUUCUAUGUAUCAGCCUUUCCUAAAAGCUUUCCUUAAAGAACUUCCUUCUUUCAGUAAAGGGGCCAAAUUAAUGAAAAACCCGGUCAAACCAUUCGGAGCAUGUUUUACGGGUAUGGGUAUCAACCGGACCGGGUUGCCUCGGGUUCCUCCGAUUGAUUUGGUGUUCAUGCGAACCGAAUAUAGCAACGAUGUAACAUGGAGGAUUCAUGGUGGGAAUUCAAUGGUUCGGGUCAGCGGAGAUGUAAUGUGCUUUGGAUUUGUGGAGCAAAGUCGGGUCAUUAAGAAGGAUAUGAAGCAACCCGCAAUGGUGAUUGGGGGAUAUCAAAUUGAAGAAAGUGUACUUGAGUUUGACCCUUCUAGAUCCAAGGUUGGGUUUAGCCCCAGGUUGGAAAAGGCAAAGUGCGACGAUUUUAAACCUAAUCAUAUGUAAUGCGUAUAUAUGCGUGUUACUUCAUUUGAAGUAUGCUCUAAUCAACAAGUUAGUAGUAUGCCUGCGUGUUAUUGCGCUACCAUUUCCUUUAUUAUUAUUAUUAUUAUUAUUAUUAUUAUUAUUAUUUGAAUUGACCUAAUACGUACAAUAGUUGAAUUGGUUAAGUUUUAAAGGAUUUUCUCCCUUGUUAUGCAAAAAUUAUAAUGUAAGUGUAACUGAAC